AUGGAUUGGCACACGCUUCUCAACAUCGCCAAUGUUGCAUCUGUAGACACUGAAACGAUCAAGAGGCAAUACAAGAGGAUGUCUCUCAAGGUUCACCCCGACAAGAAUAGCUCUAUUGUUGCUGAGGGCGUCUUCAAGCAUAUCCCCAAAGCGUGGAGCGUCUUAUCCCAACCCACCGAGAGGCAUGAGUAUGGUAUUCGAUCGGGUGCCUAUGCCCAUGCACGUUCAACUCUAUUUGUGCCUUUGCUCAACCUGUGGCGUACUAAACCAAGUGCCGGGAUUGUGGUUUCAGAGGCUGAGGCUUCUGGUUCUAAUUUUCCGACGACGACAACGAGUGCAGCUACCAUGGCAGAGAUCAAGCCGUGCCCUAGUUGCAGGAAGUCAGUGAGUCAUGAAGAGGGCAACGGGUUCUUCUCUAUUGAGUGUCCGCACCAGAAUUGUGGCGGCAGAGAUCAGCUACUCGCUAUCCGCCAGACACAAGCGUUGCCCGGUUUAUGA